AUCAAGACAGCCAAGGAGCGGACGGUGGCGUGACAUUUGCCUUAGACCGCGUGUUCCGCGUUUGUUUCGCGCCUUCUAUCGGAAAUCUGAUAUUAAUUUUUUUAGCUAUCCGGUUAUUUGUGGGUGGUUUUCUUUCGGUUGUUGCUCUUAAGACUGUUCUUUUGUGCGUUUGAAUUUAUUUUUCGAAAGAAGAUAUAGUUUUUGUAUUCGUUCUUAACUAUGCGCCGACUGAAAAAACGACGAUAAACGUAAGAAUCUCCGCAUCCGAGCGAAAAGGGGUUAAGUGGUGUUAGACAGAGUCACAGUGAAUGUGGAAAUCCAGGAGACAGUGCCCCAGGUGUUUGUGCCGCCUCCUGGUGGCCGUUCUGACCUUGGCUGUGGCGGCGUGUACAGUGAAUUGCACGGAAAUUACGGACUUUGUUUCCACGAACACUCUGCCAGAUGGUGAAGUGGAAACGAGGAUCUAUUACGAGGGUGUCAGUGCCAAGGAAACCACCGUUGGAAAGGGAAACACGGAUGGCAUCAAGUUCCGUCAGCUGACGGACGGGAAGCACCUCAUCCAACUCAUCUACGCCGGUGAUAAUCAACUAAGAGACUGUGAAUUUGGUCACCAGAGAGACCAGGUGAAAUCGUUCCUACAUAAUUUUAAGCAAGAUUUGAGUAACUUAAUAGCCACCUCAAACAUAUCGGUGGAUCCUCUAGACUUCAAGCCUUUACCGGAAGGCCUCAGCUGGAUGAACUACACCAACCUCAGGGAGAUAUGCAAGAGCAGACAUAGGGAAUUAAAAAAAAUAGUUCGGGAGGCGGCGGUCCGGGAUAACGAAGAGCUUCUUCACAGCGAAAGGUCAACUAGGAGCAAAAGGUCCCUGUUAAUAGUACCCGGUACGUUGUGGUGCGGCCACCACCACGACGCCGACGUCUACACCCAGCUGGGGAGUCUCUCGGGCACCGACAGAUGCUGCAGGCGACACGAUCACUGCAAAUUUAACGUACCAGGCCUAACCGAGAAGUACGAUUUUUUUAACGUGCGACCUUUCACGCUGUCGCAUUGCCGUUGUGACAACAGGCACAAGCGCGACAUCUCCGACCUAUUCCGCGUCCCAGGGACCAAGUGGUGUGGAAAAGGCUACUCCGCCGAUAAGUACACGAGACUGGGAGGCUUCUCCAGGACGGACCGGUGCUGCAGGAAGCACGACCUCUCGUGUCCGUUCUGGAUCGGCGGCUUCGAGACCAAAUACGGCCUCUUCAACUGGCGGGUCAACACGCUCAUGCACUGCAACUGUGAUGAACGUUUUCGGGCGUGCUUGAAGAUGGUGAGGACCAGCGACGCCAACCUGGUGGGGAAGCUCUUCUUCAACGUGGUGCAGACGAAAUGUUUCGUUUUGAAGCCGAAAAGGAAAUGCGUGCGAUCUGCGUGGUGGGGGAAGUGCGAGAAACACAAAAUUGUGAAACAAGCAGUACUUAGGGACAAUUUACCAUUCUGAACUGGCACAGGAGGGACGCGAACUAGUUUAGUGUUUCCGAUUAGAUUGCAUGUGUAUUAUAAACACUUAAUUAUUUAUUUAUAGCUUUAAGUAAUUAAAUUGUUCGAAACUUA